AUGAAGUACUCCGCUGUCACUCUUCUCGCUGCCCUGGCUGCCUACUCUCAGGCCCAGUCCAUCUCCAUCCCUGGCGGUGACGAGGUCUCCUCUAUCAUUGGCGAUGUUUCCUCCCGAAUUGGUGAUGCUUCCUCUAUCAUUGAGGAUGUCUCUACCCGUGUCGGUGACGAGGUCUCUUCUCGUGUCGGCGAUGCCUCUUCUCGCAUCAGCACCGCCACCGAGACUGGUGCUUCUACAACUGUCACUGAUGCUUCCACCGCCACCGAUUCCGCAGAGACCGAGAGCGAGAGUGAGACCGGAUCCAACACUGUCGACACCGGUGCCCUCGCCAGCGUGACCAGCGCUCUUGCCAGUGCUUCCAGCGCCAUUGACGACCAGCUUGCUUCUCUCAGCUCUGAUCUCGCCACUGCUACUGGUACUGCCAGUGAGGCUAUUGAGUCCAAGAUCGCUGCCGCCACCUCUAAGCAGGGUGCUAUCGAGAGCAGUGCUGGUGCUGCCGCCAGCAGCGCCACUGGCGACAACGCUGGUGCCAUGCCUACUGCUGCCGUCGCUAUGGGUGCUCUUAUGGGUGGUGCUGCUCUCUUUGCCAACAUGUAA